AUGUAUUAUAUGUCAAAAUAUAUUCUGCUGUCAUGUAUGACUAAAAAAAAGUAAAAAUGAAAAAAAAAUGAAAAGACACACACACAAAAAAAAGAAAAUGCAGAGUCAGGAACUCUGCCUCAGCCAUUUUAGACCAAUAUCUCAUUUACUUUUCACAUGAAGCAGGUGAAGUGCCUACCACAGAAGUUCCCCUAAAGGAGCUCUCAGACCACGGAGAGAAAGUAAAGGUGCAACAUCAGCAAUGCACUGACAUCAGAAAAGACUUGAAUGAUGAUUUUCUUGAAUCCAAAAGGCUUAGUAACAAUACUUGAAACGAAUAUAUUUAAGAAGGAUUUUAAAAAGCAGAAGUGUCAUGCAUCUAAAAUCACCCUGGUUGCAAUAUGGGAAGGAAAGGUUGGAGGGGGCUAGACUGGAGACCAUGAAAAGGGAGGAAGGAGGCUGUCUCAGUAAUCUAGGUGAGAGAAGAGUAGAGGAAGGAGCCAAUGUUAAUUCCCAGACCACUAACUUGGCUGGUAGGAUGCAUGACACUCCCUGCAAAAGUUGAGAAAAGAUGAUGAUCUUAGUGUUGCCGUUUAGGCCCCUGUGGGUUAGGUAAGUAGAAAUAAACGGUGGGCCAGUAGACACAGAUCUCUAGCUCAGAAUUAACUUCAUAAUGCCUGCCCAAUAGGCACCAGCUCCAUGAUCAAAGUUAUAUCUAGGCUGGAAAAGUAACGGGAAUGUUUUACAGGACAGUGACACUGAUACUCAGGAGUAAUAAUGAUGUCAAAAACAAAAUAGCACUUGUUUUGAUUUAGUUAUUAACAGAGUCUUAAGUGUGUUGGAUGAGUGAACUCAGUUAAUCUGCUGAAUUUAUGAAUUUGAAACUAUUACCAUUCGAAGUUGAGAAGUAGCUUGAGCAAGUCCAUUCUGUUCAUAAACAGUAGAGUUAGGGUUUCACCGCAGUCAGACCCCAAACUCCAUGAUAUUAGGUCAUACAGGUCAAUCAGCCAUGAAGUGGGAGACGGGCUGUCAAUUCAUUAGGUAAAUUACUGCUAGCAACCUCUAGAGCCAGAGGCGUUUAUUUUUAUUCAUGGAGGAAUUUAUCAUCUGUUUGGGGAUGCUAAGGCAUGAUUGAUGGAAAGUCGGACACAUGACUGAUGAGAAACGGUCUUGAGCACAGGGCCUGGAGCCUCGCUUGGGCGAACCAUGGAGAGAGGACGGCCUCCAUCUUCCUAGAGCGGCCGCCGCGGGUCGUGCUUCCGUCUGGGCGGAUUCGGCGCUCUGCGGGAGCUUGCGGUGAGCGGCUCUGGUUGCGCAACCUGGUGCCGGUCCUGAAGGUUGCGUGUUUGGGUCUCGCAGACGCCCCGCGAGGGGCCCAUGAGGCCGCCCGAACCCUGGCCAGCCCCUGUUGUCGAGGCACGACUGACCUUCCUGCCCCGAGAGCUUGUCCUCUGGCUCGAGGUACGCUGGGUGGGCGCCCGCGACCCACAUCUGGGUCCCCUUCCUCCCGGGUGGAGCGUUCUGAUCGCGGUUGGUUCUGUGGUCACCAUCUCCAGUGGGACAGUGAGCGUCUUACCCAUUUCACCUGAGCUCUGCAGGUUUUCCAAGACUAGAGGGCAGUGCAUGAAGCCAGACAUGCUCCAGACAGUGUGGUCCCAGGGUCUCACUGAGUUGCUUAGGGCCUCACUAAGUUGCCGAGCUGGUCUCAAACUUGUGAUCCUCCUGCCUCAGCCCUUGAGUCGUUGGGAUUGCAGGCGUGCACCACUAUGCACAGUGAAGAGAGGGUCAUUCAUGAUGAUGAACUGGAAUGGUGUAGUGGAUAAUUUAUAUGAGGCAGUGACCUUUGAGGAUGUGGCUGUGUACUUCACCCAGAAUCAGUGGGCCAGUCUGGAGCCUGCGCAGAAGGCUCUGUACCAGGAGGUGAUGUUGGAAAAUUAUGCGAACAUAACUUCUUUGGCAUUACCAUUCCCUAAACCAGAUCUGAUAUUCCAGCUGGAGCUGGGGGAAGCCCCAUGGGUCCCAGAUUCAUGGAGACCUGUUGGGGAAGAGGCCCUUGGAGGCAGGUGCACAGGUGGUAAGACCAAGUCUGAGGAGGAGGAGCCAACUCCAAGGCUGAACAGGACUACAGAGUCAGAGUCCCAUGGACCCACAGAGGAGGGGUUACCGAUGGAGGUUCCCCAAAGCAGGUUAGAGAAGCCACAGCCAUGUGACAUAGGGAAGAAAACAAACUCAGAGAAAGGAGAUCCCAUAGAUUUGACAGUUCCGGAUCAUAAGUCUUCCACCAUCAAAAGGAAGGAGACAGCCAGGAAACUGCAAGGAAGCAAGAGUGUUGUUUCAAAGCAGGGCCUUUCUAGGAAACAGGUGUUUCAAAAGUGUGACGAGUACAGCAAAUACUUUAACCCAGACUCAGACCCUCACCAGCAUCAGAAAACUCACACUGAUGAGAAGUCCUUCAAAUGCAAAGAAUGUGGGAAAGCCUUCAGAUACAACUCAAAACUGUCACGGCAUAUGAAAAUCCACACUGGGGAGAAACCAUAUGCAUGUGAGCAAUGUGGACAUGCCUUCAGUCAAAAUUCCCACCUUCUUCAGCAUCAAAAACUCCAUGGUGGAGAGAAGCCCUAUGAAUGUGGGGACUGUGGGAAGACAUUCAGCUACAACUCAAAAUUGAUCCGGCAUCAGAGAAUCCACACUGGGGAUAAGCCUUUUAAGUGUAAGGAGUGUGGGAAAGCCUUCAGAGGUAGCUAUGACUGCAUCAUCCAUGAGCGAGUCCACACAGGGGAGAAGCCCUAUGAAUGUAAAGAGUGUGGGAAAGGUUUCAGUUCUAAUUCAGUUCUGAUACAGCACCAGAGAAUCCACACUGGGGAGAAGCCUUAUGAAUGUACAGAGUGUGGCAAGGCCUUCCGCCGCAGGUCAGUGUACCUGCAGCACCAGAGGUUCCACACGGGGGAGAAACUGUACAAAUGCAAUGAAUGUUGGAAAACUUUUACUUGCAGCUCUCGCUUCAUAGUGCAUCAGAGAAUCCACACUGGGGAGAGACCUUACAAGUGCCAGGAAUGUUCAAAGGCCUUCAAUCAGAAGGUUACCCUGGUUCAGCAUCAGCGAGUCCACACUGGGGAGAAGCCUUAUGAGUGUAAGGAGUGUGGGAAGGCCUUCAAAUGGAGCGCAAGUUUUCUUCAGCAUCGAAAGUUGCAUACCAGGAAGAAACCUGCUCAAGAUCCAGGGCCUUCCACGAUAGAGCCCCAGGGUCCUUCAGGCCUCUCCCCUUCUUCUCCCCAGCGGGCCUGCUCUGCCUCAUCCCAGCCAGGGCCAUCCUCUGCACCUCUUUCGCCACUCCCCUCAUCUGAAAUGGCCAGCUCUUCACCUGCACAAGUAGAACACUCCUUUCAGGAUCUUGCUUCUCCUAAAAGGUCAUCCUCUCAUAGCCUGCAUCCCUUGUCUCACUCCCCGUGAAUUUCUCAUGUUCUCCAUUCCGGUCGCACUUUGAGUUAUCAGGGUUUCUACUGGAUCGCUGGCCAUGCCUUUAUCUAUACUCUUAUGAUCUUAUGGAAGACAUUAUUGUUUUCCCAACUCUAUUUUAAGUAGUCACACUUAAGAACUGUGUUUGAUCACUCUCUUUUAGCCCCUGGGUAGGAAAUGGCAGUAUUUGUCCUUGAAAUUUAUAGCAUCCAGUUUUGGCCUCUUUCAUCACUCUGGCCCUGGGAUUACUGGAGUUGAAAGAGUUUGCAGAACAUUUUGGGCUUCAAGGAAUGUGUGAGUUGGGCCAAUGUACUUAGAAAUAUAGGGGGAAUUGUAAAGCCCACCGGAGGAAGUAAUCAGAGAAAGUAUCCAGUGAUUGCCUUCAGGAUUUAGGGAGGGACAUUUGGUGGGCCAGUGGCAAAGAUCACUGGGGAGAGAAUCUGAGCCUUGGAAGUUUUUAAUUGACUUGGUCGUGAUGAUUAGAAGGAUCCUGUGUAACUGUGCAAUAGACCAAGAAAAUAAUCAUGGAAAGAACUUGAAGGGAUGAGAGUAAUAAUGUAAAAUUAAGUCUUUAAACUUGAUUAGGAGGGAAUUUGAUUUUUCUAUUUGAGUUCCUUUCCUAUUCCUGACUAUAUCUUUGUUUAAUUUCAGUGCCCACUCAAAUAUGUAGGCACAGAAAGUAACUUGGGCUUAUGUAAUAUAGAGGAGGUACCUGAGCAAAGUGAUCCCCUGGAGUGGAUGGAAUAAAAUAAGGCAAGGAAAGAAACCCAGCCAAGGCUGGUUACAGUUCUGGCCUCUAGAGGGAGCCCGUUCCUGAUCAGUUACUAUACAGUCACCUACUUCAGAUUCCCCUAUUAAAUCAGUUUGUGAUUGGUGGUACUUGUAAAUGAAUUUUCUAAUGAACUACUGUGGAAACACUGAGAAGUGUUUUAAGUAUGCUGAUCUUUGCAAAUGUUAUGAUCUCACUGGUUUGGCUAUAUUUUCCAUCUAGUGACCAGAGGCUCUGACCCUUCUUAGAAUCACUGCUUCAGGACAAUUGUAACCCAUGGAAAGGUACUUUUAAAAAAUUAAGCGGGAAUACAGUAUUAAGAAGGUAAUGUGUAUACUAUUGUAUUGAUACCACAAAAAUUAUAUCUCUAAGGUAGGGUAAAGAGAGAUGUUGGUUGGGUUUUAGCUUUGGUCAAGUUUAUUGAGAUGCAUUUUUAUACAGUAAAAGCCACCCUAUUACUGUGUAUAAUUUGGUGAGUUUUGACACAUGAAUAUGGUUUUGUAACUAAGAUAUAGAAAAUAUCUAUCAUCCCAAAAAGUUCCCUUGGCUCAGGGAGAAUUUUAUUUAUUCAUUAUUUAUUUAUCUAUUUAUUAACUUUUAACUUUAUUUUUUUUUUCAGUGCUGGUGAUCAAGUCAGGGAGAAGUUUAAAUUGUUGGUAAGAUGUUGGGGACUUUUAUUUAUUUUCAUUUCUUCACAAGAUUUGUGCAAUACUUAGAAUUUAGGAGGAGAAAAGCAAAAACCAAAUUCAUUUUCCAAGCUGUGGGCGGAGCUUCUGGAAUAUGAAAGAGCUUGGAAUCACUGCCAAGAAAAGCAGUCAAAAUGUAGGAAUAUGGGUUGGGGCUGUAGCUCAGUGGUAAAGCAUGUGUGAGACACUGAGUCCAAUCCUCAGCACCACAUAAACAAUAAAGAAAAAAAGGUAUUGUGUCCAUCUAUAACUAAAAUUUUUUUAAAUGUAGGAAUAUAACAAAAAGUAAGAAUACAACUGGUUUCUUUGACAUAUUUUGGACAUAAGACGCUUAUACAAAGUUUUUGACCUAAUCACCAAAGCAUUAUUAAACAGCAAGGGCCGUAGGGCUUCUAGGAGGGUUAUAGCAGGCAAGGAAGUUCAGGGCAAGAGGCUUCUCAGCUGGCCAGUCUUCAAGUAGGAGAGACUUCUAUGAAUGGUCUGGAGGACAGCAGAUUAUAACAUUCGAAGAAAGCGAGGACUGAAGGGAAAAUAGAUGUUCCUUGACUUACAAUAAGAUUGCAUCCAAUAAGCCCUUUAAGUUGAAAAUAUUGUGAUUCAAAAAUGCAUUGAAUAUACCUAAUCUGCUGACCUUUAAUAGUACAGCCUAGUUGAACUUGAAUGUGCUCCAGAACACUUACAUUAGCCAACAGUUGGGCAAAAUCAUCUAAUACAAAGCCCACUUUUGAAUAUAUCAUAUGAGUUCUUGAAUAUAGUACCCUGUGGAGUAUUGGUUGUUGGCCUUGUGAUGGAGUGGAGCUGCAGCUUGUUGCCAGGGUCCAGCAUUGAGAGAGAGUAUCAGACUGCAUAUUGCCAGCCUGGGAAAAGAUCAAAACUUCAAGUACGGUUUCUGCUAAGUGUUUAUCACUUUCCUAUCAUCCUAAACUUAGAAAAUUAUAGGUUGUCUAUAAAUGGAUUCUUUUCCAGUCCUUUGGAAAGAGAUUUAUGGAUUUCUGACUAGCAAAUUUUAUUUUUCAGUUAUUUGUUCCUUCAUUCAACAGAAACUUAGAAUUGUCCCCCACUCCUUGAAUUGUUACACAAAUGUUAUUGUAAACUUCCAUAGCACUUACACUACUACUGAAGAUAGAUGAAUGAUAUGUCAUUCUUUAUAGUGCAGGGAUGAUUGUUGCCAGGUUAUCUGGCACCUAAUACAUACUCAGGUGGUUUUUGACAAGGACCAUGAGUAACUCUUGUUACUAUAAUCGAAGGUUCUGCUGCUUGCUGCUCAACAAAAACUUAGGAGACAGAAGUUGGUGAAAGAAAACAGGUUUAUUCAAAGGUGGCCCUAAAGAAAAUAGAGACUUUUUCUGCCUCAACUCUUUAUCUUUGGGGGGGCUCAGGGAUGUAAAACUCUUUUAUGAGAAAAAGGGAUACAGUGGGACCAAAGACAGGAAAUACACGCAUGUGGGCGUGUACACACACACACACACACACACACACACACACACACAGACUUAAGACUAGGUUGUCCUAGACAGAGAAAUAUAUUACAAUUCCAGUUUCCUUAGUACUUGGCCUGACUGAUGGGUAGCUUCUCAGUUUCCAUUCUCAGCAUGAGGAAACUAAGGUUAAAACAGCUUUUACCAGGAAUGGAGGGACAAAAAUCAGUUUGGGGUUUUUUAAUGUCAAAGGGGCUCUGUUACACGCCUAGUGGGGACAACCAUCUAAAAAUGAACUUGUGCAUCACUUAAUUUCCAACAAUGGUAUUCCCUUAAGAAGUUUCUAUGUUCUCUGAAAGUGAAAUGUUAUAUUUAAACAUACCAACUCCCCUCCCCCUGUGAAAUUGUGAUACAAUAAGAAAUAUAUCUAUAUACAUAUCUAGUUAUCUCUGUGUGUGUGUGUGUGUAUGUAUACAUACACACACACACACACAUACUUCAUAUAUAUGAGUCUUGAGUUCCUGGCACAGUACUUCUAAACCCCUUGUAAUUUCCAGUGUGAUAAGUGUCUUGUAUUUGGUCUUAGUCCUGAUACUAGGGCAUCCAAGACCCUUGGAAUCUCCAGAGUAAUAAGUGUCCUUUUUGUAUGCUAAUGGAAUGACUGGUGAUUGAGGGCCCCUAAAUAGCUUAAGGAUAGGGGCUGGUUAUCAGAAAGAUCAAUGUGUGAAAAUCUGAAAAUUUCAGCCUCAGUCCCAACCUAUAGGAAGGGGAGAAGGGCUGGAGAUUAAGUUAAUCACUAGUAGCUAAUGAUUCAAUCAGUUGUGCCUACAUAAUGAAGCUCCCAUAAAAUCCCUAAAUUAGGGAGUUGGGAGAGUUUUCAGGUUGGUAGAUACAUUGAGGUGCUGGGAAGGGAGUGCACCCGGAGAGAGCAUGACAGUUCUGUGCCCCUUCUCCCAUGCCUUGCCCUGUGUGUCUCUUAUAUUUGACUAUUCCUGAGUUGUAUCUGCUUAAUAAAACUAAUAAUAGCAAGUAAAAUGC